AUGGCAGGUUAUGGAUGGCGACCGGACGGUCACAUGUGGAUCAUGUGCCACAGCGGUAUAAUCCCCGCCAACGCAGUCCACGCCGGCAGGGACAAGGACGGAGCGCCGAUCUACGCCGGGCGGGCCUACCACGAGGGGGCACUUCUACCAGCAAAAGUCGUAGCGAGUCACAGGGAUGCUUACGUUUGCUGGGAUGGAGCAGAGAUACCCAAGUCUGAGUUCGAGGUUCUGUGUGGACCUCCAGUGGCGUGGCAAAUUGCAAGUCGCGGCGCUGUCCCACCUCAUGCAAUCCCUGUCGGACAGACACCGGAGGGAGAACAGUUGUACAUAGGACGAACCUUUCACGAUGGAUCUAUGACACCCGGCAAGAUACAUCCAAGUCACGGAGUUUUAUACAUUCCCUACGGAGGAGAAGAAGUUUCCAAAGAAGAGUACGAAGUAAUGGUAACUCCUCCAAUGCCUCUCUAG